AUCAAUACUGAAAACGUAUUUUUCGAUCGUCUAAUUUGAGAUAAAAAAAAUCUAAUUAUAAUAUAUCACAUAAAUAGCUUACGAAUCUACUCGUGCGAAGCGACUAUUUUAAAAAAAUCAAACGUAAAUAAAUGUCGUCGCCGAAUCGAUCCAAGCGAUGCCUGAAAGUCACCUUUCGUGUUAUUGCGUCAACCGAGCGGCCUCAGAGCGCGCCGUUCGAGCGCAGAGUUAAAACUACGCGUUUUCGUUCACUCGACACCGUUCUUCGCUUCACACCGAACCGAUUACGUUUAACCGUACACGGCGAACACAAGAAAGUAUAAUAUUUAUUACAUCUGAAUACAUUAUAUUUACGUUGCAAUCGAAGUAUGUCAGGAAAGUAUAAUAUUUAUUACAUCUGAAUACGCGUGUACGUUGUAUUUACAUUGUAAUCUAUCGUACGUCGUGAUUUACAUCGCAUAUAAACAUCGCUACGAAACGGCGGAAACAUACGGAUAAUAGAACGUCGGUAUAUUAAGGAUAAUGGAUAUCUCUACUAUAUAUUUAUUUCAAUAGUUGAUUGUUCAAGUUUCUCGACUGAACUCGGUCGAUACUUUUUGUUUAUUUCCAUUCGAUCAGUCGAAUCGGUUAACGAAUGGAAGAGCUUCGACUCUAUUUGGAAUCUGAUUAAAAUAGACUGCAAUACACGAUAUUUUCCAUUCGUCGUAAGAAUUAUUAUCUCGCCCCACGAAAUUUCAUCCUGGAGAAAAGGAAGGAGCACUUUCCACCGAUACCUCGUCGAAUAGGGGGACACGUUUUAAACCCGUUUCGACGAGGAGGGACGCUCUCGGAGAGCUUACAAAAAUGGCGCGCUCUCCAUUAUGGUUGAUCGUUUCGAGGCGUUGGAGGAGGGGGGAGAGGCCAAGCGGAUCAAAGGUGCCCUUCCAAUCGUCAAAUGGAUUUCCCUUACACACGUCGUUGCCUUCUCUUCCUUUAUUCUCGCGUCCAACACUCCGAGGAUCGCGCAACUUGUUUUUCUCUUCUCGGGCGCGUCUUCUUUCCCCCUUUUUCCCUCCUUCCUUCUUCUCGCCAACAAUACGUUUGUCCGAUAUAAAUGCUCGUUUAUAAGCGAGCGAGGAGAGAAAAUGCGGAUAGAAAAUACUUUCGUUCGAGCAAUGGAAGGAUGUUGAACCGACACGUUGUGGAUGCAUCGCUCGUGAUUUUCUGAAUCCCAAAAGCGACGAUCCAUCAGAAGACGAAAAAAAUGAGCCUCAUCCCUGAAGAGGGAUAUAUAUAUAUAUACUCCUUUAUUCAUAUAAAUUAAUAUAUAAUUUUUAUUAUUAGUAUAAAUUUUAUAUAAUAAUAUUUAAAUAAUAACUUAAUAAACUAAAAAAAAAAAAAAACUUAAUAUUAAAAUAUUUAUAAAAUUAAAAUUAUAUUUAAUUAUUUAAAUUUAUACUAAUAUUAAAAAUUAUAUAUUAAAAUAUAUGAAUAAUAAAUCAAAAAAAUUAUUAUAAAAAUUGAUUGAUUAAAUAAAUUAUAUUACGGUUUUAAAAUUAAUUGUAUUGAUGACAAUGAUCUUGUUCGAAAAAUCUCCGUUAAUUUUAAAAUAUUGCUCGACGAAUUGUUCUUUCCAUUUUUAAUAAUCCUUAACUGUCUUUUUUUUUUCAUUGGCAACUCACUUUACCGCCCAAAAUUCAAACCUUUAUACAGAAAAUUUCUAAUUCCCUGAGCGCGUAAAAUUCUUUCGAGCAUAAGAAAAUAUCGAUUAUUAUUCUCGAGAUCGAAGGACCCCUCCCCAAUUUUAAAAACGAAAAUGAAGUUUACAGGUAUUCCCGGAAUAUAGGGGAGAGAAUUGUAUUUCGAGCAUAAAUUUCGAUGGCUAACCCCGUGGGAGGGGCGGAGGCGGGAGAGGUAACAACCACCCUAACUUGCCGCUCAUCGCGUAUUCUAGUCAGCAGUUUCGGGAGAGCGGCCCGAUCCAAAGCUGGAACUGGGUCAAUAUUUGCUCGCCAAUCUGAGAAAAGAGCGAAAUACGGCCGCAAGAGAGGAGAGGAGUGCCUUCCCCCUCCCUUCCACUGUGUCGAACGAAGUGGACGAGAUGCCAGGUGGCGGCCUCUCGAUUCGGCCUUUCCUUGCUUCUGAUCCCAUUUAGAAAUUCUCACCUGGAAUUCGAUUCUUGCCUUUCCCUCUUUCUCAACUCCUUCUCUUCGAUCCUUUCCUCCGUAGAAAUUGCGGGAUCGAGUGUUAUUGUUAACCGAAAUAUUAGCGACUUGUACUUUUAAUUGUUUCUAUUUAAUCUUACAUCUUCUUUUUGUAAUAAGUUUCUUUUUCUCGUAUUGGUUCAAUUGUUCUUUUUAGAGAGAAGCGAAUAAUUUUUGUGCGAGUUUAAGUAUUGUUGAAAAAUUCAGGCACGGAAACGAAAAUCUUGAGAACAAAGAUAAAUCGAAAGCGAAAGUUUGCAGCGUUUCGAAGUUGCGCUUACAAAGCUCGAAAGAAAGAUAGGAGUGCAGAUUGCACGGUGAUCCGUGAAGGGAAUAAUUCGUUGUUCCUUUCCCAAGAAAUCGAUUAAGAAACAAUCGACGUUAAUCGAUAGAUGUGCAUCUAUUCUUCUGCUAUAACAACGAAGUAUGAAAUCUUAACCCGUUUCGAUAUUUACAAUUAUUUUUAAGGAAUAAAAUAUUCGAGAAGUUGUAAUUUCUCCGCGCUGAAACCAUAAAAUUUUAUUAAAAUUGAAUAUCUCAAUGAACUUACGUUUUGAUUAGAUUGGAAUGAAUUAUAGGAAAAAACGAGUAUUUCACGCGACACAAUAUGAGAAAAUAUAACGAAAUUUGUUUUCGAAACUAGAAUAGAAGAUAAGAAGAAGAGACGGUUUAUUUUUCUCCUAUUCGUGAAAAAUUGCGUACGAAGAAAUAGAUCGACUUCUAUCCACGGACUUCUUCGCACGAAAAUAAAAGGCUAGAAAAACAUUUCGAUUCUCGCGAAACGAAAGCUUAGACGCGAAAAAUUAACGCGAGUUUAUAAAAACGAAGAUCGAACGGUAUGGGAGAAAAUGAGAUGAUCGAAAAGCGAGUUUUUCCUCCAUUUCUUUCCUUCCUUUCAUUUCCAUAUUUUCAGAUUCAUUUUUUCGAGAGAAAUUUGACUCGACUCGUUUUCGCGCGUAUCUACGUAAAUGUUUACCUUGCCUUCGAAUUAACGCACGCUCGAAGGAACAACGCAGAAUCGGGCGACGAAAAUAUGGAGAUCGAUUCGAAAGAGAGAGAGAGAAAGAGAGAAGAAAGAAGGAACGAGAAUGAGAAUAAUAUUGUACGCGUUUUUAUUGCACUCGUUGUUCCGUCUCGUCCACGCGACGGAGGGGGAAGAGACGACGUUGGCCGGGCUGGGCGAAAAGAGGGAGGAGAAGGAGGAGGAGGAGGCGGAGAUGGGUAUGGAGGAGGUGGGGAUGACGGAAGAGGUUAUGGAUCCGAAAAUAAAGAUAACCGAUUUGCCCGACGUGGAAGAGACAACCGAGGAGUUCGAUCCGAGUUGGGACAAAAACAAGGUAAUACGAGACGUGGCCUAUUACAUACGUGGCCACAAAUUUGGCGAUUUCGAUCGUCGUUAUUUCAAGAGGUACGAGGACGCGGCGAAAAAACCGUACGAGGAAUUCCCCAAGCCGGCUCUGAGAUCUCUGCACUGGGAGGUGCACAGAUACUGCGACGCGAGUUUCCUCGAAUGUCUAAGAUAUCUCGAGGGCGUCAUUGAGCAGACCGCGCUGAAACGGCAGGACGACACCAUCACAGCUAUAAACGAACAGAAAUGGGUGUUGCCCGACAAUAUGCAGCAGAUACAGUCCGUUCAAAAGGAGUGUCUAAACGCGAUGGAGCGUGACAAAAAAGUGAUGCCGCCGUUCGAAGGUCCGAUAGAACGAUUUCAGUGGCGCACCACGGUGAGUUAUUACAUGUGCUGGUACACGAUGCUCGGCGUUCCAGAGCUGAGCAUUUUCGGGGAGCCGUGCGACAAUCACGCGAACUGCGAGAUGCAGCCAACGGGGGAUCCGAGGGCCGAUGACACGGAACCGUAUGCCUGCGCCCUUUACAGCUUCUGCCCGGAUCAUUGUUGUCCCAUGAAACGUAUCGGGGAUAUGACGGAUUGCCACCAGUCUGAGGCCAACCCGUGUUACGCUGGGAACGAGCCAGGUAACAGAGAGUGCAAGUUGAACCGAGAGAAGAACCAAGAUUUUUUGAGCUUGGUUGGGAAUCAGAUCAACAUCAGCUGCCAAUGCGGCGAGCCGGGGUACGAGUGGUCCGCGAGGUACGGGCUUUGCGUGGACGUGAACGAGUGCGCGCGUGGCGAACACCGUUGCUCCGUAGACGAAGGCGAGACGUGUUGGAAUAUGCCUGGCGGCUACGAGUGCGUUUGCAAAUUUGGGUACACGUACGACCAGGAGAAGAGGGCGUGCGUGGUGAGCCCCGAGGUUGCCCUGGUGCUGGCGGGGUGGGAAGAGGAGGAGAACGUCACCGAGGAGAAGAACAUUAUCGAGAUGAUCGUGAAAACUCUCGCGAGAGCUGCUGCCAAUCGCCCCGUGAUCGAUCGUUCCAUCCUUUUCACCGUGAUGGUCGUCCCACGCCUCUUUUCGUUCCAAGAAAUAGCCGGGGAUGCGAUAAUACUCUUUCGCGCUUUUUAUCCGUUUUUACCGACACCGUGUAGUGGGAUGGAGCGAGAGAUGAGACAAUUAACGAUAAUGGAUCAAAUAAUCAGAAUUGGAUUACGUUAAAUUGCGUUGACAAUGCGAUACAUGUAAUUUCUUACGGAUGAUUAAUCGUUUUGAAGAAAGAAACUCGUUUCUCUUCAUUUUUUUCUCCUUUUCUAGACGUUGUGAUUAUGUAAUACGAUGACCGCGUCGUACGAAUAAAUAUUGUAAUUUAAUGAGGUAUAAUAGGAUGCGAUAAUCCAUUUCGUUGUAACUUACGUGAAACAGUUUUUUUAUUAAAUACUCGUUUGUUAUAAUUAUGUAAAAAUGAUAUCGAGACAAUUAUUCGUUUCGAAACGAGUAGCGAGAGCGAGUACUUGCACCUGCAGCAAUUCAAAUUUUAAUCUUGGCGUGCGAUGGUGGCGCCAUUUCAUACGUUUCUUGCUCUAUCGCGGCAUCUCUAGACGAUUAUUUGCACCGGGGUGGGAGAAAAACAAUAUUCUCUCGUUGCUCGCGCGAUAUUUAGCAUAGUAAUCGUGGAUGGAAAUGGAAACCUCGUAAUGCAAAGAUCUCGCUCGUAGAAAACACAAUGUUUUUCUUUUUUUUUUUUACACGAUUCUUCGCGUAACGAAACCGGAUAAAUUCGAUCCCUUUGUAACUCACGGUGACAAAUGUAACUUUAUCGGGAAAUUUAUCACGGUUUGAGGGUGUUUAAAGGGAAUACGAGGUACAUAAACUUAGCAUUUAAAGGGUAGUUUCACCUCUACGCUCCCCUUAUUUUUCUCGAGAAAAACGACCCUUGACGGCAAUCCAAUUUUCCUCGCGCAGUCAGUUUAAAACGAUCGUGGUUGCAUAUCGUUAAAUGUACCAAUCCAAUACGAAAAUCCAUGCGAUUAUUUCUUUUUUUUAAUUAGAAUAUUGCUAUUGGAUAUUAUCGAUAUUAUUGAUUUAAUAUUUUUUGUUGUAAUAGAAGGUAGUCUUGUUGUAAUUCACCAAUUGUUGUUUUAUUAAAGUUAAUAUCUAUUUAAUUUUUUACUAUUUUAUAAUCAAUCGAUCAGAUAUAUUGUAUUUUCUAGAAGCAGUCUAACCAUUGUAUCAAUCAAAAUCGAUCAAAUCUGCAAAGACACAAAUUUAAUGAACAAUUCUUUGCAAUUAAAACAUUGCAAGAGAUCAAAAUGUGUAAUUAAAAUCGAUUGGUAUCGGAAAAAAAAAUUUAAUGAACGAUUCUUCACAAUUAAAAGUUUUAAUUGAAAUUUUAAUUGAAACAAUUUGCAUAUACGAUCGAAACUGAUUGAAGGCAAAAACUUAACGAACGAUUCUUUAUAACUGAAACUAAGGCUAAAACGAUAGAUUAAUUUAAGAUUGAUCGAUGUCGGCUAAACAUGUACAUACUGUUUAUUAUCGAAAAGAAGUCUCGAGAAAGGAAUGUGAAUCUGAUUGGUUAAAUUGAAAGCUUUUUUGUUUCAUAGUAUUUGUCGCAAUUAUCCUAAUUCAAAAUACGAUGAUCUAGAAUGAUUUAGAAAUUCUGGUAAAAAUUAAAAACUAAAAAGAGAAUAAUUCCAUCAAUUUAUCAUUACAUAAUGGUUAUAACGAUAUAAUUGGAUUCAUAUAGAGAUAUAUAUAAAAAAAAUAUAAAAAUUUCUAUUGAAUAAUUCAAAAAAGAAAUGAAAAA